CAUCCCUCUCGCGUCAUUCGCCGCCGCACGUAGCUGGGCCUCCAAACUACUCGUCAACAGGCUGCAGGCCAGUACUCGAGGAGGAGAGGGUGUAGUCGUACUCAGAGAGAAGUUGAGCUUCGCCAUGUUUUGCUUGCUGGUUGCCUUGUGUUUCGGAGAGAAACUCGACGAGGAGCAGAUUAAAGAGAUACGGGAUAUCCAGUAUUCUCUGCUACUGCUCUUCACGAGGUUCAACUUCUUCGGUUUCCUCCCGAGGGUCGCCAAGGUUGUUUUCCGCAAGAAGUGGGACAAGAUUGUAGGGAUUAGGAGGAGGCAGGCGGAGAUCUUCACCCCUUUGAUAAGGGCGCGGAAAGAAGGGAAUUCGAAGCUCAAGCGAACUAAUAAAUUAGGAGAUCUUGGUGAUCAAAUAUUUGUUCCGUACUGUUACGUUGACUCCCUGCUCGACGUGGAGAUCCCCGAAGAGGGGGGGAGGAAGCUUAGCGAGGAAGAGGUCGUGAACCUGUGCCACGAGCUUCUCAGCGGAGGUACCGAUACGACGUCGAAUGGGUUGGAGUGGAUCAUGGCCGAGGUAGUGAAGAACCAGGAAAUACAGAAGGAGCUAGCGGAGGAGGUCGGGAGGGCGAUACCCGCGAGCGAGGACGAGAUUAAGGAAGAGGACUUGAAGAAGAUGCCGUACCUAAAGGCGGUGAUCAUGGAGGGGCUGAGGCGACACCCGCCAGGCCACUUUGUACUGCCGCAUAGAGCGUCGCAGGAUGUGGAGCUGAACAAGUACCUGAUACCCAGAGGAUCAGAGGUGCACGUCAACGUCGCGCAGUUGGGGUGGGAUGAGAGAGUGUGGGAGGAUCCGAUGGAUUUCAGACCGGAGAGGUUUAUGAGAGGCGGUGAUUUCUCCGGUGAAGUGGUGGACGUAACGGGGAGCAGGGAGAUCAAGAUGGCGCCUUUCGGAGCGGGAAGGAGGAUUUGUCCGGGCUACGGGCUUGCCAUACUGCAUCUGGAGUAUUUUCUGGCGAAUUUGGUGAGGGAGUUUGAAUGGAAGGCGGUGGAAGGGGAGGAGAUUGAUUUGUCGGAAGAGUUCGAAUUCACGGUCAUGAUGAAGAAGCCUCUGCGUGCUCGAAUUUUCCCUCGAGGGAGCAAGCUGUAGAUGUACUGUAGGAAUCGCUGGUGGUUUCUGUUGGCAAUUUCCCCUUGAGUAGAUUCAGGAACGGUUAUGUCAGUUCUGUUUUUAUCGCUUCUCGCUUAGAACUGUUGAAGAUCAACCCCAGCCCAUUACAAAGCACAAUCUAUUUUCAGCCCAAGGAAAAUAAAAGCCCAAUUCCAUUUCAUCUAAGCCCAAUACAAUGGAAGCUUCUCAACAAAUGUGGAAGAAAGAUAUUUUUAAGAGAAAAUUAUAGAAGGAU